AUGACAGCCGCUGCUCGCAUUCUACCAUACGAGCACAUGCCCUGUACUGCCCACAUCAUACAGAGAAGCAUCACUGUGAGCCUCGCUAAUAGUGGGUUUGACAGUGUGUUGGCCAAGUGUCGCAAAAUUGUGGGUCAUUUCAAACAUAGCCCCGCAAACUUAGCAGAGCUGAAUGCAGACCAAAAAGCGAGAGGACAGAAAGAGGAGCCACUAACCCAGGAUGUCUCAACACGGUGGAAUUCUACGUUGGAAAUGAUUCAGCACAUGAAACGCGAUCAAGCACCGAUAAAUGCCACACUGGACCACCAGCAGGACAAGCUAGUCAUGCUGAAGCAAGCUGAAUGGGACAAAAUCCAGAGACUUGGCGUCCUUCUAGAGCCCUGCCGGUAUGUAACAGAGCUCCUGGGUGGAGAGGCAUACGUCUCUUGCUCCAUGGUUUUGCCUGCCCUCUGUCACUUGCUCAAAAAUAUGGAAGUCUCUGAAGAGGACCCUGCAUAUAUAGUGAAGUUCAAAGACAAAUUUAAGGAUGACCUCGCUUCUCGACAAGAACACCUCAACCAUGCAUGGCUCAAGAUUGCAACCGCAUUGGAUCCACGUUUUAAAGACUUAAAGAGUCUGCCCAAGACAGAGCGAGAUGAGGUGUGGACCACACUUGGAGCCAUGGUGCGUGAAAAAUCACCCAGAAGAUCACAGACUUCUGAAAAUGGGCCACCCAAGAAGAAAAUGACCCUUCUACUGCUGGGCUCAGAUUCUGAAUCUGAGGAGGAGGUACAGCCUGACAGAGCCAUACACAGGUACAGAGCAGAGCCCACCAUUGAUAUGACGGACUGUCCCUUGCAAUGGUGGUCAUCUCAUGUAGGGGCCCAUGAGGAGCUGGCUCAACUGGCUCUUCAAUAUCUCGCUGCUCCUACAUCCUCAGUUCCGUGUGAACGACUCUUCUCAGUUGCAGGUCACAUUGUGAACAAGAAAAGGGCAGCUUUACUCUCAGAAAAUCUUAAUAAGUUGGUUUGCCUCAGCAACUGGCUAGGAGAGGAGUAG